CUAACUUCACCCAGCCCGACUCUGUUGUUGUUGUGUCGAUGACGCGGCAAGUCCAGCCGGCCGAACGGCAAGUGAGUCAGCAUCAAUAAUCUGCCUUUCUGUGGAUGUGGGGAUUAAACUAGAUCUCCCAGCAACACACUCAAACGUCGAUUAGCGUCAUUAAAGCGAGAUAUGGCGGUUCCUGCAGCCCCAAACCUACAGCUGAAUACAGCGAGACAAAGCAGCCCUGUAAACUCCACAGAAAACGACAUCCAAAUCGACGAGAAGCAGCUGGAAAACAUCAGCAAUCACGUCGAGGACGGCACGUCGCUGCCGCUGCACUCGCCCUGGACCUUCUGGCUCGAUCGGUCAUUACCAGGUACAACGGCAGCGGAGUGUGAAUCAAAUCUGAAAAAGAUAUACACAGUGCACACUGUUCAGAGCUUCUGGAGUGUGUACAACAACAUCCCUACUGUGUCCUGCCUCCCUCUGAGGUGUAGCUACCACCUAAUGAGAGGAGAAAGAAGACCACUUUGGGAAGAGGAAAGCAAUGCAAAGGGAGGUGUUUGGAAAAUGAAAGUGCCAAAGGAAAGCACAUUAGCUGUGUGGAAAGAGCUGCUGUUGGCCAUGAUUGGUGAACAAUUCACAGAUUAUUGUGCAUCAGAGGAUGAAGUGGUUGGAGUAAGUGUCAGCGUGAGAGAACGGGAGGACGUUGUUCAGGUCUGGAAUGGAAACGCCUCUUUUGCAAACGAGGCAAACGUUUUAGGCAGAAUCAACGAACUUCUUCCGCAGAUAGCUUUUAAAGCAGUAUUUUAUAAGCCACACAAGGAGCAUCAUGCAUUUGAAGGUGGUCGCUCAAGACAUUAGCAAGCUUUGCACAUUCAUCACAUAUUUUCUUUCUGGUUUUUUCGACUGAUCCUUGAAAAUGGACUGAAAAUGGAAAAUCCCUCCUGGACGAACAGAACUGUUGGGUUUUGCAGUUGUUUCACAUAUUAGGAACGUUUUUUUAAAUGUUGUAGAUGAUCCUUCCACGGAUUUUGCGAAAACUUCUCUCGUGCCAGAUAUUUAGGCAAUAUCAAUAAGAUCGCAUAGCAGUAGCAUAUGUAAUAUACGCAUCACAACUGAGAGAUGUUGCCAGUUAUUGUGUUUUUCCCCUUUUUUACCAUGUUAAUUUGUUUAAAUGUUCAGUCCAUUGACCCAAUUGCUGCUUGUCAAAGUUAACGCUCAUCAUUGUGUUGAAGUUGACAUUUCCUUCGUAGAAUAGGAGUGUCCAUUAGGAUCAUGGAAUAGUUUUAGCACCUAGACUAAAAAGAUUUCCGAUACUAAGCUUAAUAUGUUUCUGGGAAUCCAUGUUUUAUGCAAAAGUAUUGCACAUUUCUUCAUGGGAAAAUCUCUUUGGCUUGGAGGAUUAUACAGAUUUCUUAGCAAAUCUAAGUGGGUGUUAUGACAUUGAAUUUGAAGAAAAAUGCAUAUGCAAUUUUCCAAUUUCACCCAAAACUGAAUAUUUAAGUGAAAUGAUUUCUGUACCUUAGGCUCAAAAUCUUGCAGUGAUUUCAAACGGUUUAGAUUUUAUGAUUUAGGAAACUGUAGCCAGGCCUCCUCCUGUAGUAUUUUAUAUGUCAAAUCUCUUUUAGAAUGGCAUCCAUACUGUAGCAGCUCUUUUUCAAUUGCUACUUUGUGGUUGGAAUCUUGCAUUGUUUUAUGUAGUACUAACUGUAGCUCAUUGUUUUAUACCUUACCCUUAAGUGUCUGUCUCAUAAACGUCCGAAUGCUUACCAUUUUCAUGGUCGUAAAUUACGCCUUUUAAUUUUUUUUUUUUUACUUAUGCGUUUUCUCUAAACUGCCUUUUAAUUUACUAUAAAUCACACUGUGUCUUGUUUCAGAGUGCUUAUUGUAGUCUGUCUUAUUGUAUUUUGGAAUGGAUGGUUGUGUUGGAAAACUUAUGAAGGGAAGGUAAUGUAGAUAUUGUCAAAUUGUGAAACUGACAAAUACUUGGGUAAUCAUCAGAGCACUUUGAUGUUUAGUUUGUCAGUACCAAAGAGAUUUCUUUUCCAUUCGCCUGUAUAAUUCAUCAUAGUCUGGUUAAGUAUAUAAAGAUCUGCACAAUAGAGGCUUCUGAACUUACAUAGGAGUUAAAACAGUGUUUUUCAUGCUUUUCUUUGUCUUUACUGGUGUAGUUCACAUUCUGCGGUGUCUCCCAUGUUGCUGCGUGGAAUUUGAUUUAGGUUUGUCAAAGUCAGAAACUGCGAGCCCAAAUAGACCUGCAUUGUGAAUGAGGUCCUUUUAAUGCACUAAAAAGCACAAUUAUGAGCCUGUUCUUCAAAUGGGCAGGGAUGUGCAAAAUAACUUUUACAUGCAGCUGACCUUUCAUAUUUCAGCCUUUUCCUACCAAUCUCUUUAUGAGAUGUGAGUACUGAGAUGGAUUUUUAGAUUUAUUAUUCGGAGCAUUUGUGGCAGUUUUCCAGGGCUCCCAAUCUGGAUCCGAAACCUCAAACUGAUUGUCAAUCUUCUGGAACGGUGCCUUGUGUUCUCCCAGGGUUUCACUCAGAAUGUUCUGUAUAUCUUCAUGUAUUUAAUCAGUUAUAAGAGCAUUUUCUUUUCUUGUUUUGCUUAUAGGUUUUGAAAUAUUGAAUCAAUAAAAAGCAGAAUUCAAAAUGCA